UGUCCGGUUACUAUCGAAUGAUCGUGAAUUCAAUUGAAUAAAAUAAUUACGUCCACAUAACAAUCAUCAGUAACUGAGAUUGUUUGCGUUCUGUUUAUUGAUCAAUUUACAUCUACACAAACUCUGUUGAAUACAACAAAAAACAUCGGACUAUUUGUGUUAUUGGUAACACAUCAAUAAAAGGGACAUAUCAACAGUCUCCGAAGCACUUUUAUAACAAAAUGUCGAUAUUGUAUAAUGUAUUACAUGUAUCGAAACUAUAAACAUGUACAUUAGGGAACCAGUGAAUGUAUGGGAAAAAAUCGACAAAUCGAAAAAAGUUACUCCAAACAAAAUGUCCAACACCUCAAAAAAACACACAAGUAAAAUUUCAGCUCAAUCGGAUUUAAGGAAGAGUGGCGCAAAGCGGUGAAAGUUUAAGUUUUUUUUUGAAAAUCAAAAACUCACCCAAGGGGGGAAAUCGGGGUUUAAAAAAAUUUUUUUUGAUGCCAUAUGGCUUCAAAAAAAAAUCUUGAUCCCAAUUUCUUAUCACUCUGGAAAUUUUGCAAUGCGAGAAAAUUGUUGGCAAUCGAAAAGUUUGACAAACCCAUGCCAUACGACGGAUUUUAUCAUUUUUUUCGGAUCAUUGUUCCCUCUCGAGUUCAUACAAACAUUCAAGUAUUCCAGUUGUAACUUCGAUAGCGUUAUUCGAACGUUUUGAAAAUAAGUUAUGAAAACCCGCGUAAUUAGUAGAUAUCUAUUGAGCCACUAGCUAGCUGUGGCUCUAAAUCCAACUUUCCGCUGCCCUGUGUUCCAUCAAGAGGAUGUACACUGGCCCCAAUAGGGUUGGCUGUAGGGAUUGCAUUACCGUACCAAAAUUUCAAUAACCGGUGAAUUACCGGUAAAAAAAUACUUUGAAAUAAACUAUUUUCUUGAAGAAAUGGCUUUUAUUGAUAAUGAUUAUUAGUUGGUACUUUCGUAUUAGCGUCACCGGACCCGAAAUACAAUAGUGACAACACAUUUAUUGUACACACUGGCACUCAAAUAUCUUUUGUAUUGUUGCUGUGUUGUUGUUUGUAGUGUUUUGUCAUUUUUUAUUGUUACGAAAAUGCGAUUUUAUGAUUUGCGGUAUUUAAGUAUAAACGCCACAGGAGCGCAAUUUUCAUUAUAAGGAACAGAGACCUAACUAAAGGAUCGUUCAGAGUCCAAUGAUGUUGGGCCUACAGUACGAAGAGCAUCGAAUACCAUUGCUAGGUAUUUGCCUCUUGUGCCCUCUGUACGAAAACUCUUGUCCGAGGAUUUUCAUCAAUCGGUUUAUAUACGAUGAGCUUGGGCUGGAUGUUGAGACCUUUCAUACGUCAGCUUUAUAAAGGGUUCUUCCGGCAUAGCAGCUCAACAGCGACCAGAACUGUUUCGAGGGCUAUCUAUCAAUUCCUUUAUUGCUGUCAGUUCUUCAUCAUCGAAGCUUAUUCUGUCUCGUUUUCAGAUCGAGCAGCGAUUUUUGAACUGAAGCUCGGAGGUCGUAGAAUCGGCAUAACGUUGUCAGUUGGUUUUUUCGAUUUUAUUUAUUCUCGAGUAUUAUUAUUUUAUUAAUAUUUCAAAGUGACAUAAAAGCGAAUAUUAUUUAUGGUUUAAAAAUCAAAAUUACCGAAAUUACCGGUUAUUUAUCGUAAAGUUUCCGGUAAUUCGGUAAUGAAAAAUGACCCGGUAUUACCGGUGAAACCGGUUAACAAUCCCUAGUUGGCUGCAAGAUGCUCAAACAACUAGACAAAUCACUCCCCUCAAUUUUCAACAACCUCUGUUCAAAGCACGAAUUCUCUGAGGUUUUUUUUAUCUACGAUUAUUUUUUGUCGGCCUAUUUCCGCCACUUCAGUGCCAAUCACCGACAUCAGGGAGGCGACUUCACCUGCUCCUACCUAUCAAACUCAACAACUCAUGAACCGGGCCAACUUCUUGCACUUUGCGUCCGAAGGAAGACGCAGCCAGAGAUUUUUCGCCUCGGAAAAUCCCAACGACGCCAGCUUGGAUUGAACCUAGACCGAUCGGAUUGUGAGGCUGUUACGCUAACCACACAACCAUUGGCGCCGUCUAUUCUCUGAGGUUGUUGACGACAAGUUACUAUACUUUAUCGAGAAUUUCGCCAGAAGUCGAACCUUUGAGGUCAAAAUAAGAAUUCAGCUUCAGAAGGAGGAUCUGGGGUAUUUAUUUUUUUUUCUGAUCUUGCUGUCACCCCUUUACUACUUACCAUGUGUAAUUUUCCAAUUUAUUGUAAUUUCUGAGUGUUUCACGUUUCUAUUCAAACAUUAAAGACAUUUUAUUUUGAUUCUCAGUAUGAAGGUCACAAAAAAACUAAAACCCGCAUAAACUGCAUUUUCCUCAGCAUUCAUCAUGUACCAUCAUGCAAUUAUUUAAUUUAAAAAAUUAAUUGAAAAUUAUUAUUUGAAAUUCAACAACUGAUAUUCAUCCAGAUCUGCUGACAAUAAUUCCAUAAAAUCUAAUCGUGCCAUUAGUUUGGGAUUCAGCUGAAAUCUUAGUAGCUUAGUAGUAGUUCCAGUUCUUGAAAAGAGUGCUUCCGCUGGACCCGAUGUUGCCAUAAAUAUAACUUGUGACAACUUGUAAUGAUCAAACUCACAAACUUGUAAUGAUCAAACUCACAAAACUGCUUCUCCUAACUUUACGACCACUAAUUUGGCAACCUUGAGAAGGACCCAAUGUUCGUGAGAUUUGUCAGGUGAUUUGUGGUGAGUUUAAAAUCAAAGUUCACUGAAAAACAAAUUUACGAACAAAAUUCUACGAUCAAAAAUAUCGGAAAGAUCGAUUUUUGCAAUUUUUUGGAGUACAAAUAAUCGAUCCAAAAAAUUGGAAAUCGGAAAGGAAAAGAUCGAUCAUUUAAAUACCGAUCCAAGAUCGCUCAAUCCUAGUUUGGUCGGAAACAAGUUCACAAAAACAUCUUCAUCAAUGUACAAGGCAUUACGGACUGGUCAUUUCGACUUAUUCAUCGACUCAGCGAUCGUAACCAAGACAGCGAGUUUUUUUUUUUGGAGGUCUCCAACUGUUCGGGUGGGAAACGGUAUCAGAAACAACUUCCGAGCUGGGGUCAGCUCGGUAGGCCUGUAACAGAGUUUCGUGACAAUGUCAGCAGGAAAAUACCGUUUCCACGAGAUGGACGACUUUGAGGGAUCAUCGGGAGUUGGUUUCAGGGUAAGUGACAGAAAUAACAGACUAGCUUCCAGAAAGAGAUUUGCUGACAUCUGCCAGGUCUUCUCAGCUUAGCGGUCGAAAUCUACGUGCCUGUUAGGAUCCCGUCAACAAAGCCGCUGCUGACCAUUUUCGAUUCUGCGAGGGCCAUCGACACCAUCGACCAAGUCCAGACACCCAUGGGUACAAACGGGCAGGAAGUAUCUGUCCUCAUGUAGAUUUCUGGACAUAGUGGUAUUGCAAGGUGAGCAGCGGCCGACCGGUUUGCUCAACAAUUUCUGAUACGGGAGAUGUCGCUGGAUGAUGUGAAGUUGUGAAUCAUCAACUUCUAUCGCACGUUUUGGGCUGAAAGCAUUAUUUUGAGUGGAAUACAAACUGCGAGUCCCUUCAACCGAGGUAGCACAAACAACCGUAGCCAGCCAUGUUCUACGCUCAUAUCGUGCUGGCCAAGAAGGGCCCACUGGCCCGGAUUUGGUUGGCAGCGCAUUGGGAUAAGAAAAUCACCAAAGCCCACGUGUUCGAGACCAACAUCGAACAGUCCGUCGAUGGCAUUAUGCAGCCGAAGGUGAAACUAGCUCUUCGAACAUCCGGCCAUUUGCUCCUGGGGGUUGUCCGAAUUUACGCACGUAAGGCCAAGUAUUUGCUGGCCGAUUGUAAUGAAGCCUUCGUAAAGAUCAAGAUGGCCUUUCGGCCAGGUAUGGUGGAUCUACCGGAGGAACACCGAGAGGCGGCCGUGAACGCAAUCACGCUGCCGGAGGUGUUCCAUGAUUUCGAUACGCCCGUUCCGGAGAUGAAUGACGUAGACAUCGAGGCUCAUUUUUCGAUCAAUCAAUCGAGAGCCGACGAGAUCACCAUGAGAGAAGACUAUGGAACGCUACCGAUGAAUAUCCACGACGAUGGAUUCGGUGAUAUGGGAUUCGACGAUACGCCCGAUAUCGUUCGCGACCGGCUGGAUGAAUCGAUGGAGGGCUUGAACGACGAACUGGUUACCGAAGUUGCAUCGACGACGAGGACGGCGAACACUGAUGAGGCAGAGCAAGACGGGGGAAUGGACGGAUCGGGAAAGGAAAAAUCGGACAAGAAGGGCCUUCGACCCCGCGCUAAAAGCCUGUACGAAGAGCUGAGCGAGCAGCCAGCUCAGGAUACCCGAUGGAACGAGUAUCUUGAUGACCUUUUCACGGACCCGGUCGCUCCCCCGCCGGAUCUCGAGCAGGAGAAGGAACCUCUCCCCGGCACCUCCCACUCCAUUCUGGACUCGUUCGAUCCGCACCAUCCGCACGGUAUCGACAACGAUGGGUUCGGCGACGAGGGCUUUGGAGCGGAACCGGCUGCCGGUCUGUUCGAGGGUGAUAUUUUCGCAGAUGCUCCGUUGGCUCCGGAACCGGAUCUACCGGCAGCGCCUACACAGGCUCAGCAGAGCGGUGCGGCAGCGGCGACGGCGGCAGCGGCAGCGGAUGAGGACAGCGAUGAUGACGACGAUGAUCAUUUCGAUGUGGGAGGAGCGCCCUCACCGGCACCAAGCUCGGACAAUUCGCGGCCUCCAUCCCCGAUCAUAACCCAGCCAUUGUUGGAUGAUCUUCAGCAGCCUGGAACAAGUCAGGAUGCAGCGCCGAGUGCACCGGUAAGUCAUGAAGUUCCAGCGGAUGUUGAGGCAGCUCCUGUGGUAUCAGAGCCUCAGCCAGAAGAACCGGAAAGGAGGAACGAACCGGAGGAAGAACACAUUGGCGAUGAUAUUGCUGGAGAGGAAGAUGUGAAUGCUGAGCAGACCACAUUGCUGCAAAAUGAGGAAGAAAGCUUCGCGUUGGCCCCCGUCGAUGCAUCUGCAUUGAAGGGUGUCACCAAAAGUAAGCGGAAACGAAAGCUUAUUGUAGACGAGAUCAAAAACAUCAGCGGCGAAGAAAUGAAAAGUCAGUUGGCGAACACUUCUGACAUUGUGACCACAUUGGAUUUGGCGCCACCUACGAAACGUCUCAUGUACUGGAAGGAGACCGGUGGAGUGGAGAAACUGUUUGCUCUACCAUCGCGGGAUAUUCCAGCCCGGUGCAUGUUUAAAAAUUAUCAGCGGCAUCUGACUUCUCGAUCUAUCGGAAUAGAAGAUUUCUCGGUUCUGGGCCCGUUGGACGUGUUAGGAGUUGAACAGCAGCAACCUGAACGACCGGAAUCUCCAGUGACUCAGCGACGGGGCAGAAAACGACGAAUCCAACAGCAGGAAAUUUACGCCCCCGACACUCCUGCUACACCUAUGAUUCCGAUGACGCCUGCGACACCCGUUAUGCCUCCCACACCCGGACAUAUGGACCAAAGUUCUGUUGAUCAGAUGCGAGAGGCGGUUGAAAUGCCGCCUCCUACUCCAAUCUCAAUGGAACUUCGUGAGCAAGAAAUUUGUCAGGACGUGAGUCAAAGCUUCCAUCCCGACGGGAGUAUGAUGCCACCACCUGCUACUCCAGGCAUCAGUAACAUCGGCAGUCCUAAUCAGACCCCGUUGAAUCUGGGCAUGCAGACACCUCUUAUGAUGCCUCUGACGCCAGGAAUUCCAAGCAUCCCCAUGACUCCUGGUAGUCUGGAACACAGUGGUCUAACUCCGGUUGGACUUCCACAUGGCAGUCUCACCCCAGGGGAUCUGCAUCAUGGUGGCUUGACUCCUGCCGGUCUUCUUCAUGGUGGAAUGACUCCGGCGGGUCUACAGCACGGUGGAUUGACACCUACUGGUUUACAUCACGGUGGUAUGACACCAGCAGGUCUACACCAUGGUGGUAUGACACCAGCAGGCUUACAUCACGGUGGAAUGACGCCAGCCGGUCUACAGCAUGGUGAUUCAGGUCAUGUCAUGCCUGACUUACCCGGUGCUAUGACUCCACACGGUCUCGAUCAUGGCGGUAUGACGCCUCACCAUUCGAGCUUGGAAAAUAUCGACCAGAUUCCAAAUCUUCCGGCCGAUCAGGUUUCGUCCAUUUUGAACGAACCAGGGAUGGAGAGUUUCUCCGACAUGGGCUAUGAGGGUCAUGCGGCGUCUCCUGCUCGAGGUGUUCUGGGCGACGAAGUACAGAGUGAGUGGAACCAGGAAUACGAAUUUCCACAAUCCGCUGGCGGGCAGCAACAACCCAACGAGGAACAACAAGUUGAUGAGACAAUCGAGCAGUUCGAGGAGCGUGUGUUGAACAAACGUGCCGCACAGCUGUUUAUUUCGGUGAGAUCACGCUUGUUGAAAUCAGAGAGCAUGGUUCUGUCGGAGAUGACGUAUCGUAAUAACAAAAAACAGGCCGCCCAAAAAUUCUACUCACUGUUGGUGUUGAAGAAAUUCAAAGCACUGGAAAUUGCACAGCCGCAGCCAUACGCGGACAUCACAAUCACCCGAGGACCACUAUUCGAAAAUCCAAUACUAUAAAUGAACACAACCGGUAUGAUUUUUAUAUUCUAUAGUUGAAAAUCUAUUUAUAAAGGCCAAGAAGGCGCGACUAUAAUCCAGGUCGAAAAACUUUUUCAUCUGACUACAGUAACAGUUGUGUUCGCUUUAUUUUGAUUGGUUAACUUCUAAAUUCUGUGUAAGCGAUGAAAUUGAAACAUGUAAAUAGUAAAUGAACCUGUCUCAUUUUACUGCUAGGCGACAAAUCUGUAUCCAGUAUAUUCCUAAAUUGGUUUGUUUCCAUUCCUCGAACUCACCAUUUUGGGAAGAGAUUUGCUUAAGUUUGUUGUUAUAUCGUCUAGAGCAUUGAAGAUAAAUAAGCACAUAGUUUAUCGCGAAGAAGGAUCUCAUCUCGGUUUGAUGCCAACCGGAAAUUGCGAAACGCAAACUUGUUUGAUAUCGAACAGACAGAGUUAUUUAUCGACGAGAUGAAUGAAUUUUAACGAUAUAUUGUUGUCCCUCUGUACUAUGUAAAUAUCUUUUUUAGUGUAUAAGACUUCCUUAUAAGAACAAAGUAUUUUAGAAAGAUUGUAAAAAAAUGAAUCACGAUCAUGGCCGCAUCGCAUCUUCGCAUCUCCAAUCAUCGUUCUAUGUGAUGUAUGAAAAUUGAACAUGCGAUCUGGCGAUGUUAAAUAAAAUACAAAAGCACCAAGUUUUUCCACAUCCAGUCUCUAUCUUGGCGAAAGAGAAAUAUAAAAAUGUGUAGAAGUAGUACAUAUAUAAAACGGAAUCAGCAUUGUUUUUUUUAAUUAUAAUAUCGGAAGUACUAAUUGCGGCUUUUCUCUGGAUGAAGAUGGGUCAGAAUUUUGUUUGAAUUAAUAAAUAAUUUAUGUAAU